UACAGACUUCCUUCUUUGCCACUCCUCUCCUCCCACUCUCCUUGCCACUCCAGAUCUGAUAAAUGAGGGAAAACACUUCUGCGCUUGGUGUGGAGGCUGUCACUUUGUCAUCUCUAGGCACUGCAAGUAGAUCUGACAGGUGGAGUGGAGCCAAAUUUGCCUCUCCUGGCUCCUGCCCUAGUCCCUCAUCAUCCCUCCUGUGGACAGCUUCAAUAACCUCCAGCCAGCCUUCCUGCCCCAGUCCUUUCCUACCACGCCUACCAGUGGAUCCAAUCAUGUCACUAGACCACAGAUCUGACCUCUUUUAAACUCUGCACGUCCAAAGCAUGGGUGGCCCUGCUGCCCCCAGGAUCAAAGCUGAGCUCCCAGCUCUAGGUCCUGAACUGCUUCUCCGGCACAUGGCAGGCCUUGUGACCCUUGGGGCUAGCCUCCUGCUUCUGAGCCUAUGUGCCCACCGCAUUGACCCUGCAGGCUCUGUGCCCAUCCCCUCUUCCUGCUGCCUGUCCUUCAUUUCCAAGAAAGUUCCCGAGAACCGAGUGGUUAGCUACCAGCGGUCCAGUGCGAGCGUCUGCCCUGUGACAGGCGUGAUCUUCACCACCAGGAAAGGCCAGAAGUUCUGUGGCGACCCCAGGCAGCACUGGGUCCAGAAGUACAUGAAGAAGCUGGAUGCCAGGCGGAAGACGGCGUCCCCUGGGGUCAGAGCAAUGAGCACCAAAGCCCCAGUGCAGGGGUACCCGGCCAACACCACCUCCAUCUAACUGCCCCCGGCCCUCCUCCUGGGGCCCCUGAGCCAGCGGUGAGAGGGGGAGAGCGAAUGUUCCUGUUUCCUAACAUCAGUCUAUAAAACAAAACCCGAGGCAAGGGAGGCUGAGCAACCGCUCCAAGCGUCCUGGGCCCCUUGCCUUCCCUGAGCUGGAGGAGAAGAUUCUGGAGGGAAGGGGGUAGGCUUUCUCUGCUUCCCAGACUCCAUCAGAACCCAGGGGCAUGAGGCCCGACCUGCAGACACACCUGGCCGGCACCUAAAAACUUAGCCUGCAGCUGGCUUCUGUGGGUCUUCUGGGCUUGUGGGACCCUGCGGACUGACUGUCUGUCUGUCUGGGUGCGGGCAACCUGUCGACAGCUGCAGCUCGUCAUCACAUUGCCAAUGCCCCCAGCUUGUCCCGCUUCCAGAAUCCCAGAUGAAUAAAAAUCCGAGAAAAUA